UUUUACUUGAUCUACUUUAUGAAAAAGCUCCAUUUAAAGUCCGUCUCUGGUUUGAAAACCAGAGCCUCAACACAUAAUCUUAAGCACAGCAUCCUCAUCUCUUAUAGUAGUACCACCACACUUUCGGUUUUCGGUACGCGAGGUCUUUUAAAAUCGGGGCACACAACGAUAAAGUUUUCCGAACGGAAAUGCCGCGAUAACAAAAUUUUUAUGUGCUUUGGUCGUUCAUUAGUUUUUAUGUAGUCGCUGCAAUAAUUUGUGUGGUGUUUCUAAAGUGAAAAAAUGUUCGUGGUUAUUUGAUUGUUUUAGGAGCAAAAUUGUAAUUUUAUUGGAAAGCAUUUAUUUAAUUUAGGUUUGUGUACAAAAGCAACAAAACGAAAAAAUGUGGCUGUUCCUAGAACUGUCCGCUUUAAUCUUUGCCUUCAAACAAUGCGGAGGCCAGUUGGUCCAUCAAGAGACUGACCACACUCAAACCCCGGUAAUAGGUAUAAAGGGAGCCAAAUGCUAUGACCAAUUCAACGCACCUCAGAGAUGUUAUCCUGCCUUCGAAAACGCCGCCUUCCAAAUGGAAAUGGAAGCGACCAACACGUGCGGUACCGACGGCGAACAAGAGUACUGCGUCCAGACAGGUGUCACAGGAAUCCGGAAAUCGUGCGCCGUUUGCUUUCCAGGCCAGCACCACGCCCGGUUUUUGACCGACAUCCACAACGUGGACAACCCCACAUGGUGGCAAUCCGAAACUAUGCUCGAAGGUAUCCAGUGGCCCAACCAAGUCAAUUUGACUCUGAGAUUUGGCAAGACUGCGACUUGUCGGGACACUUAUGGCCUGCCAGAUCAACCCUACACGACGAGAGGCGAAGAGACCAGAGCGUUGUGUACAUCGGAAUAUUCCGAUAUUUCUCCAUUACGUGGAGGAAACGUGGCCUUUGGAACUCUAGAAGGACGGCCAUCAGCUUAUAAUUUCGACUCCAGCACUGAACUACAGGAAUGGGUAUCAGCAACUGCCAUCCGAGUAACCCUGGACAGAAUCAACACGUUCGGCGACGAAGUAUUUGGAGAUUCGCAAGUACUUAAGUCGUACUUUUAUGCCAUCGCCGAUUUAGCGGUGGGCGCUAGAUGUAAGUGCAACGGUCACGCUUCCGAGUGCGUACCAAGUACCGGAGCGGGUGGUAUCCAGACUAGAGUUUGUAGGUGCGAGCAUAACACAGCUGGACCUGAUUGCGGCGAAUGUUUGCCGUUUUACAAUGACGCCCCUUGGGCAAGAGCUACUAUCCAGAGGGCGAAUGAAUGUAAACAAUGCAACUGCAACAACUUCUCAAACAGAUGCGUCUUCGACGCAAAACUCUACGAACAAACAGGCCACGGCGGUUACUGUCUGGACUGUUCCGCCAACAGAGACGGACCCAACUGCGAACGAUGCCGCCCCAAUUAUUACAUGAGAGAGGACGGGUUUUGCGUAGCUUGCCAGUGUGACGAAACCGGCUCGAUGUUCCAGCAGUGCAACACCGAAGGCAAGUGCCAGUGCAAACCUGGAGUUAGCGGAGACAAAUGCGACAAGUGUGCAGACAACCAUUACGACUUCACCAAAUCCGGCUGUAAAAAUUGUGAAUGUUCCGAAGAAGGUUCGGCGUUCAACGCACCCAAUUGCAACCCCAACAACGGUGUGUGCAACUGCAAGGAAAACGUUGAAGGCAAACAAUGCAAAGGCUGCAAACCAGGCUUCUUCAAUUUAGACUUGGACAACGAAUUUGGUUGCACUCCCUGCUUCUGCUACGGGCAUUCAUCCAAAUGUCAAUCAGCUCCUGGCUAUUCCCGAUACGCUUUAGAAUCCAGCUUCGCUAAAGGCUCAGAAAAAUGGCGAGCCGAAGAUCAGUACAACAGGAAUAUUCAAACAAAAUACGAAUCUAUUAGCCAGAGUAUUGCGGUGCAAGCCCAAGAAGAGGAGUCUGUUUAUUUUUUGGCCCCCGACAGAUUUUUGGGGGAUCAGAGAGCCUCCUACAACCAACUAUUGGAGUUCAGUUUUAGAAUUGGUGACACUCGUCCAAUGCCUACAGCGGCAGACAUUGUCUUAGAAGGCAACGGCAACCGCAUAACAAACACAAUAUUCGCUCAAGAAAACGAAUUCCCAAGCCUACAAACUCAAACUUACAAAUUCAGAUUGCACGAACAUCCAGAUUUUCAGUGGCAACCAAGAUUGACAUCAAGAGAAUUUAUUUCAAUCCUAACAAAUCUGACUGCAAUUAAAAUACGAGGCACAUAUUCACCUCAAGGCGUCGGAUUUCUGGACGACGUCAAGCUGGAAACGGCGUCGAGAGGUGCCGCAGGGCUUCCGGCAUUGUGGAUGGAAUUUUGCGAUUGUCCAGCCGGAUAUGUUGGGCAGUUUUGCGAAUCUUGUGCACCAGGUUUCAGACAUUCUCCAGCUCACGGAGGUCCAUUUACCAGUUGUAUUCCUUGUGACUGCAAUAAUCACGCCAGCAUUUGCGAUUCAGAAACUGGCAGGUGUAUUUGCGAGCAUAACACUUCCGGGGAGAAUUGCGAGUUGUGCGCCAGAGGGUUUUAUGGAAACGCACUUGCAGGUACUCCAGAAGAUUGUUUGCCUUGCAAUUGUCCAGAUGGUGGAGCUUGUUUCCAGCUUUCUGAAGACGUGACCAUGUGUACGGAAUGUCCCACUGGAUAUUCUGGGCACAGAUGUGAUGUUUGCUCAGAUGGAUAUUAUGGAGACCCUACUGGUAGGUUUGGAACUCCUUCGCCGUGCCAAGUGUGCGAAUGCAAUCAAAACAUCGAUACAAACGCUAUAGGAAAUUGUAACACUACAACGGGAGAAUGUCUGAGGUGUGUGCACAAUACAGGCGGAAGCAGCUGUGAUAUUUGCUUACAAGGUUACUACGGAAAUGCACUGGUUCUGCCUAAAGGCGACUGUAAACGUUGCGAAUGCUACCUGGUAGGCACUGAAGCUGAUUCAUUGGAAGAACCAAUUUGUGAUUCGAGCACUGGAGCUUGUCUGUGCAAAAACAGAGUUGUGGGAAGAAACUGCGACCAGUGCGAAGACGGUUUUUACAAUUUGCAGAGUGGCGAAGGCUGUCAGUCUUGCAAUUGUGACCCGAUUGGCGCCUUUAACUCAACUUGCAAUUUGUAUACUGGACAGUGCCAUUGCAGACCAGGUGUCACAGGAUUGCGCUGUGAUCAUUGUGAAGCAAGAAAAUACGGUUUUUCUUCAGAAGGUUGCAAGGAUUGUGAAUGCGACGUGAUUGGUUCAAAUGAUUUGCAAUGUAACGCUUCCGGUCAAUGUCCUUGUCUUGACAAUGUUGAAGGACGUAGGUGCAAUAGGUGUAAGGAAAAUAAAUAUGAUAGACAUAGAGGAUGUGUUGAUUGUCCUGAUUGUUAUAACUUGGUACAAAACGCCUCCAGAGCCCACAACCUUAAACUAGAUAAAUUAGAUGACAUUCUUAAUGAAGUCGAAAGAAGGCCUACAGUAAUAGCUGACGAAGAAUUUCCGAUAGAGCUGAGUAAGCUGCAAGACGAUAUUGACGAGUUUUAUGACAAAGUCAAAACAGCUACUGGCGAGGACAGCAUUAUACAUCAAGUGCAAGACAUUAGACAAAGAGAAAAGGAAAUUGCUAGGACUUUGGAAACCCAAAGCCUAAACGAAAUCAGCACCCAAUUCGAACAAGAUGCCAAAAAAGCCCUACAAGAUGCUUGGGAGCGUAGCAAACAAGUGGGCCAACAAUCCGAUAACAUGACCAAAAUAGCUCAGCAAGCCAGAGAAUUAGCAGACGACUUGGACCAGCAAGCAACCCUUUUGGAAAACGCAGCUAAAGAAGCUAAAAAUAAAUCGAGCGAAGUGUAUGAGCUGGCCAAAAAAGCCAACACAGAUCAGAGCCUGGUCAGAGAAAAAGCCAACAAAUUGAAAAACGAAAUAGACAAAGCUGAAGAUCGAUUAAAUAAAACCAUAGAUUUUACGCAAGAUGUCAGCGAUAAAGCUAGAGAAGUCAAAAACCAAGCUUUGGAGCUUCUCAAUGAAGUCAAUAAUUUGUUUGUGCCUCCAGUGGACGUACCUGAAUUAAGCAAAAGCUCUAGCAGCUUAAAAGCUGAAGCUGGAAGAUUAAGAGAUAGAGCUGAAUCGCUAUUUAACAGAAGUCAAGAAUUAAGAGACCUCAUUGAAGAGAAAAACGGAAAAGGCAACCAACUCUUGGAAAAAGCCUACAACCAACAAGAAAUCUUAACCGAAUUGGUAGACGAUAUACACGCAGCCAACGACACUGUAGUAAAAACCAUCGACAAAUGGACUCAGAAACUAUCAGAAGCUGAACGCAUUUACAAUGAUUUAAAAAGCUCAGAUUCGGACACUCAGAAAUUGCGCCAGGAAGCCGAAGACGCCCUUAAAACUAUACCAGAAAUUGAGCAAAUUUUGUUUGAUAUUGUUAGAAAAACCAGCGAUGCACAACUAGAGUUGGUUGCUAUAAGUGAAACCGCCAAUGAGGCUUUGAGAAAUGCUUUGCAAGCCAAAGAAGAGGAAAUAAUUGCUUCAGAAAACCUUAAAGGCAUCAAACAACAAGCAGAAGAUUUAAACAAAGACACAAACCAAUUAUUUGAAGCUGAUGCAAAAAUGGCCGAAAAAGUUGAAGAAGCUGAAAGCAAAUUACAAAUCCUACUUGAAUCUCCAUUAGGUGAUGCUAAAUUAGUCGAACAAGCUAAAGCCAAUGUUGGUAAAGCCGUCCAAGAAACAGCUAAAGUAUCAGAAGACAUAACUCAAUUAGUUAAAGACGUCCAAAACAUAAUAGCCGAAUUAAACAAUUCCCCAGACAUUGACGAAGCCUCUCUGGACAGAUUAGAUGAGGAAAUUCUAAACGUAGAAAGGCAAAUUAACGAAACAAGAUUGGAAGACAAAUUGAUUAAGUUGCAAGACGAGCACAAGGCUCAGAGCAGUCAGAUAAACGACUACAAAUUGAAAAUUGAAGAAAUGACUAAAGAUGUGGCUAAUAUUAAGCAUAUUGUUGAUGCUUUGCCUGUUGGCUGCUUCAGGAGGGUUGAAUUAGAACCUUGAUUUUUAUUUUUUUGAAAAAUACACACUGCCCAUCUUAGCAUAAUACCAAAGAUUGAUAUAACAAACUAUUGAGUUCCCAACGUUUUUGUAAUAAUAAAUUAUAUUUUGUAUGUACAUUUUAACAGUUACUUAAAUCAAGAGUCUCCUUUUUGUAAUUAUUUUUAAGUUAAUAGAUUAUUACCUAUUUUAA